AUAAAGCAGGAGAAAGCACGCCGAUGGCGCAGUGUUCCCCGUGCAGCCAUUACGUUCUGUUUCGCGCGCUUUUAUUAUUUAAGUGCAAUAAUUAAAGUUCGGAUAAUUUGCGUGAAAUAAAAAUGAAAAUGAGGUGGGGUUUCUUAAUAGGAUUGAUGGUUGUGAGUACCGUGUGGGCUUCAGAAGACGACGUUCCUGACGCGAACUUUGACGAAGAUGAAGAACUGCCUUUAGAUGAAGAGGAGUCCCGUAACUUGAGACCGCGAGCAUACAAUCCGUCAUCGUACCCGAACACGUUGCCAAGCGGCUUCCGGCCCACGCCGUCCCUGGCUGAGCUGGCGGGCUACCAGCAGCGACCCCAGCAAGAGCAACAGCAGUUCAUCGUGCCCACGCGCCAGGUCUACGUCGAGGAACAGCGGCAGCAAGCGCCCGUCAGACCACCGCAUAGGAAGCAACAAGAACAGCGGCCAGCGAAACUCCAGCAACAGGAGGAAGAAGAACUAGAAGAAAAGGAAGAACCGGAUCGUCUUUCGCAAUUACUGCAGGAGUCGAAAUUCGAAUGCGUGAACAAGAAGACGGGGUACUAUGCAGACCAGGACCUCGGCUGUGAGGUCUUCCACUACUGCCAGGACAAUGUCAAGCACUCCUGGAUAUGCCCAGAAGGAUUCACUUUCCAUCAAGUUCACCUGAUUUGUAUGCCACCAACCCAAGAAAAUAUUUGCCAAAAAUCAUCUGAUUACCAUUACGUAAACGAGUACUUGUACAAGCCCAUCAACGAAGCGGAGGUCCAGAAGAAGCCCAGCCUCGCUCUCAAGUACUCCGACAGGUACUACCCGGCUGAGGUCUAUAGGGAUGAUCGCUUUGACGAGGAAGAGGAAGAAGAGAAGCAGCUGAGACGUCCUCAGCAACAACAGUUACAAGAGCAUCCUCUACAAAGACCUCAGUACCAGCAACAAAAUAUAUUCAGAUCUGCUGAAGAGGUGAACAUUCCUCUGGUCCAAAGACGUCCACAGCGCCCUUAUGAUUUCGAGCGUUAAUUAACUUUAAGUAGUUAAUAUUCCAUCUUGGUAGUUUUAACCCAUUACUUUAUAAUUCUACCAAAUGCUUAACGUUAAAGUUAAAUCUCUACUACUCACUGAAACUUAGUUAAGUUUCGAUUAAAUUACUUAUUUAUGACACUGUAAAAUAAAGUAUUCUAUCUGAUUUAUUUAAGUUACAAAUUAGUUGUAAGCUAGUCUGCUAGAGCUAAGAUAAUAAAAUUAAUCAUAAAAU